AUGGUCAUGACAUUUUUGCAAGACCUGGGGGUUUUACAAGAUGCAUUACUAGAUUACUUACAAAAGUUAAGUACGAUCUCCCAUAGAAAAGAAACCGGAGAAAGUAAGCAGGAUAACAAGGACAAUUUUGCAAUCAUUGUUAACAAACAUGAUGAAGAAGAAGAAGAGGUUGAGUUUGAGGAUCUGGUGAGCGCCAUAGAGAACAAAAUUUCAGAUUUUGAAUCGGUACUGAAAUGUAGUAUUGUUGAAAUGACCUACACGUACCCUGAAUUAAAAUUACAGUGGGAGAAAAGCCCUAAAUACGAUCAAUGCGACAAAUUGCAUGUUGCGAAGCUCGAUAAACAAAUGGACGAGGAUAUAUAUGCUCAGUUGGUCGAAGGGCUAGAUUCCGUGUUGCAGUUCGUCGAUUGGUUCUAUUGCUACCGCCUGAAGACCAAAGAAAUUCUACGACAACACCACAAGCGUGAUUUAGCUUGGAACGACGAGGAAAGAGACCGUGCCAUAAAAUUUCACGCCGUUGAUUACGACAAGCUGCAUCAGGGAGCAUUGUCAUCGCAAAGCUUGGCAUCUACAUCGAUGGAAAAAGCCAGUACUAGAGACAAGCUCUUGAGCAAGACAAAGCAACUGACGAAUAAUUUAAUGAGAGGAAAUCAAAUUUUACAGUCGGGAAUCUUACAAAGCGACCUUAAUUUGGAUGAAUUGAGAGCCCAAACGAAUUCGUUAACACAAAUCGAUGACAAGUAUACUCAAUUCGAAACUGUCUUUAAGAAAACCGCUGAUUUGGUCAAAGUACUAGAAAAUGCAUCCCACCAGGAGAAACGAGAUGUCUACUUAUCGCUCGGGUUCCUUAUAUGCUGCGUCUCGUGGGUUUUAUGGCGUCGUAUUUUCAAGCUACCUGUUAAACUCGGCCUCUGGCUUCUAUUCAAGUUUUUCAAGGGUAUACUGGUCACCCUGGGUCUAGUUAAAAGCUACGCAGCCUCCUCGUCUUCUCCCCAAGCACCUAGUCUCGUACUAAACGCGCCUUUUCUAGCAACUACAACUACAUCCUCAGCAGCUCCUGUAGAACCAUUCGCAUCUGUAUCAGCCGUCAGUAGUAUCCAACGGGCUGUCGAUGAGGCCAUGGGCAGGAUCGUCUCACACGAUGAGCUAUGA